UACGUCAAUGGCGUCUUUAACGUCACGUUUUAGAGCUUUUUUAUGUUAAUUAUUAUUUUUUCUCUAAUUUUCGUCGAAUAUAUCUAACAAUAAUGCCCAGAAGGCACGCUGGUCCCGGUCCAGCCAAAUACCUCCUUCCUCCAGCCAUCGGAUUCCCCGGUCAUGACUUCACCAAAAAGCGGAACCCGUGCUACUCGAUGGGGUUGCGACUGAAGACCGGUACGAGACCGAUCGGUCCGGGCCCGGCUUACGGCACAAUGAACAUGACCCGCCGGGGCAUCUACAGCUGCCCGGCUUACUCCAUGCAACUGAAAACCAAAGAACUGACCAAAUUCCGAACGCCUGGAGCGGGAACUUACGCCACGGAGCAAAUACCGCCGAUGAUGCACACCAGACCGCCGGAAUACUCCUUGCGCUUCAGGCACAAUCCUCCCAAACCCACCAUAACCCCAGGACCAGGCAAAUACGCGGCUCCCACGUGCAUAGGGCCCAAAGUUCCGGAUAAAAUGUCGAAGGCCGCGUACAGCAUGUCGUUCAAGCACUAUCUCAGAGACCUGGAGCGGUCGCCGGGUCCGGCGAACUACCCCUUGGUCGACGUGAGAUUGUUCAAGCUGAGGUCGCCCGAUUACUCCUGUCCCACGAAAGUGUUCCCGCCUCUGCCUAAAUCCGUAUCGCCGGGUCCCAAGUACUUCCCCACGCUGCCCGAGGUGCCCGGGUACUUCAUUGGACUGAGAACCGACAACGAUCCUUACAUUACGGCCGAAGACGAAAUUCCUUGCAUGCAACGGAAGCCGCUUCCCAAGAGCCCGGACGCGGAGAAACUCGGUUGAGAAAACAUUGUGGGGUAUUUUGAAUAUUGAUUUAAAUUUUUUAUUUAAUUUCGAAUAUUGUCCUCAACAUCUCUAUUUUAUACACGCAUACAAGUUUAAUACAUUAUAUUUACG